AGGUUCACGGUUAUUCAACUCACCAUGAAAAGGGACCCCUCGUUUACCUUCUCUUUCAAGGACAAUGAUAUGCCUGGGAUUUAGUUCAUGUACAGUCGUCAUGGUUGGGCCAUGGCGUCUAGCUCUGUUGUUGACCUUCUGCUCUUGUCAAGGUAUACCGCCAGUGUUCCUGGAACCAGAGGAAAGCAAAACACUUUCUGUGGCAGAAAACAGCAAUGUGACACUGAAAUGCCGGGCCACUGGACAUCCCAUACCAAGUUACUGGUGGAAGAAGAAUGGAAAAAGAAUACCUGCGUAUUCGAGCAAUGGCCAACUCAGUCUGACCGACGUGUCUGCUCAACACAAGGGCGAGUAUCAGUGUAUGGCGGAGAAUGGAGAUACCCACAGCGUCACCGCAGUAGCUGCAUCCCAACCCAUCACCCUGGACAUUUACAGCCAUUGUGAGACAUGGGAAAAAACUAACAACUCUCGGUUUGUGCGCACAGAAUUCGACUAUCUGGCUUUAGAAUGUGAUUGUCCACCAGAAUGCAUGAGGUUCAAGAUAGCCUGGUAUAGGAGGGAGCCUGCUCUCACAAAGAUAAACAUCUCCCGAUUUGGAGGAAGACUGCAUAUUGACAAGAAAGGUACCUUACACUUCAUAUACACAACCAGCUCAGAUGGCCCAAGUAAUGUCUCUACAAUAUACCAGUGUGGAGUGACCACACCAAACCGACUCUUGCUUGGGAGGAAAUAUGAGGUAUCGAUCAAGAAAGUCACCAGUCCACCCUCACACCCUUCCCGCAUCAAAUUCCAGACAGUACUGCCCAAGUUUCUUCUCCACCAAACAGCAGAACUGGAGUGUGUGUUCAGUGGAUAUCCUGCGCCAGUAACGACAUGGGAAUACACAAACGGUACAAGUCUCCCCAUCAAUGGAAAGUUUGAACUCGUCCCUGGUUCAUUCGGCCGGAGACUCAGGAUCCGGAGACUGUCCAUAGAGGACGGGCGACGCUACACGUGUAGCGGGACUAACGGCAUCACCGGCGAGGCGCACGUCGACGUUAGGGUCACAUCCAAGCCUAUCUGGGUCAAGCCGCUAACAGAUAUCACCGUACCGGAAGGCAGAGUUGCUCAUUUGGUUUGCAAAGCAAGAUCCGUCAGAAGUGAACCCCGGCCAGAAUUCCCUAUCUGGUACCGCAAUGGCAACGAAAUCAACCCUGCAAGUAUUGGGGACAGACGGUACCAGUUCAGCAAGGACGGGAGUGUAUUGACCAUCGUGAAGGUGAAACGAAGGGUGGAUGCCAUUUGCUUCCAGUGCAAUGUGAGCAACAGUGCGGGAUAUGUUUUUGGGAAUGGAUGUAUACAAGUUACAAGAGGCAGUCGAGCACCGCGGACUAUUUCUAAGAGCACUAUCCUGAUAUCGGCAGCGUGUAGCGCAUCUCUUGUAGUCCUGGCUGUCAUCUUCACCAUUACCAUCCGCAAGAUAUGCAAGAAAUCAAGGAAACCAGAAGUUCCCCCAAGGAGAAGCUCCACCCCUGUGUACACGGAUAUCGAGUACAGGAACGGAACGCCCCCACCGCCAUACGACCAAAUACAUCUUCAAUGCAGGCCAAGGGAAGUGGACAUGUUACACGCUGAUGGAGAUGAUUCAAGACUAUAUGGCCGUACUCAACUUGGGGGUAUCCAACCUGGGACUGGAGUCAGGAAUCGCCCUGCUGUAGUGGGUCAGGGAGACAUGCUGCUGACGCCAAGUGAAGAAGGGGAUGACCCUCCACCAUACGUGUCUCUCAUCUGAACCAGACGGGUACCUGUCGACCGAUAUCCUGGGUAUAACCCACCAUUAUACGUGUCUCUCAUGUGAACCAGACGGGUACCUGUCACCCGAUAUCCUGGGUAUAACCCACCAUUAUACGUGUCUCUGAUCUGAACCAGACGGGUACCUGUCACCCGAUAUCCUGGGUAUAACCCACCAUUAUACAUUGUACCUGUCUCUCAACUGAACAAUACGGGUACCUGUCACCCGAUAUCCUGGGUAUAACCCACCAUUAUACGUGUCUCUCAACUGAACAAUACGGGUACCUGUCACCCGAUAUCCUGGGUAUAGCCCACCAUUAUACAUUGUACCUGUCUCUCAUCUGAACAAGACGGGUACCUGUCACCCGAUAUCCUGGGUAUAACCCACCAUUAUACGUGUCUCUCAACUGAACAAGACGGGUACCUGUCACCCGAUAUCCUGGUUAUAACCCACCAUUAUACGUGUCUCUCAACUGAACAAUACGGGUACCUGUCACCCGAUAUCCUGGGUAUAACCCACCAUUAUACCUGUCUCUCAUCUGAACAAUACGGGUACCUGUCACCCGAUAUCCUGGUUAUAACCCACCAUUAUACGUGUCUCUCAACUGAACAAUACGGGUACCUGUCACCCGAUAUCCUGGGUAUAACCCACCAUUAUACGUGUCUCUCAACUGAACAAGACGGGUACCUGUCACCCGAUAUCCUGGUUAUAACCCACCAUUAUACGUGUCUCUCAACUGAACAAUACGGGUACCUGUCACCCGAUAUCCUGGGUAUAACCCACCAUUAUACCUGUCUCUCAUCUGAACAAUACUGGUACCUGUCACCCGAUAUCCUGGUUAUAACCCACCAUUAUACGUGUCUCUCAACUGAACAAUACGGGUACCUGUCACCCGAUAUCCUGGGUAUAACCCACCAUUAUACCUGUCUCUCAUCUGAACAAUACGGGUACCUGUCACCCGAUAUCCUGGUUAUAACCCACCAUUAUACGUGUCUCUCAACUGAACAAUACGGGUACCUGUCACCCGAUAUCCUGGGUAUAACCCACCAUUAUACGUGUCUCUCAACUGAACAAGACGGGUACCUGUCACCCGAUAUCCUGGGUAUUACCCACCAUUAUACGUGUCUCUCAACUGAACAAUACGGGUACCUGUCACCCGAUAUCCUGGUUAUAACCCACCAUUAUACAUUGUACCUGUCUCUCAUCUGAACAAGACGGGUACCUGUCACCCGAUAUCCUGGGUAUAGCCCACCAUUAUACAUUGUACCUGUCUCUCAUCUGAACAAGACGGGUACCUGUCACCCGAUAUCCUGGGUAUAACCCACCAUUAUACGUGUCUCUCAACUGAACAAUACGGGUACCUGUCACCCGAUAUCCUGGUUAUAACCCACCAUUAUACGUGUCUCUCAACUGAACAAUACGGGUACCUGUCACCCGAUAUCCUGGGUAUAACCCACCAUUAUACGUGUCUCCCAUCUGAACAAGACGGGUACCUGUCGACCGAUAUCCUGGGUAUAACCCACAAUUAUACGUGUCUCUCAUGUGAACCAGACGGGUACCUGUCACCCGAUAUCCUGGGUAUAACCCACCAUUAUACGUGUCUCUCAUGUGAACCAGACGGGUACCUGUCACCCGAUAUCCUGGUUAUAACCCACCAUUAUACGUGUCUCUCAUGUGAACCAGACGGGUACCUGUCACCCGAUAUCCUGGGUAUAACCCACCAUUAUACGUGUCUCUCAUCUGAACAAUACGGGUACCUGUCACCCGAUAUCCUGGGUAUAACCCACCAUUAUACGUGUCUCUCAUCUGAACCAGACGGGAAGCUUAUAAAACCAAAUCAUCCAGGGGAGAACCAACCUUUACAUUUCUCACUGAUCUGAACCAGACGGGUACCUGUCACCAAAUCAUCCAUUGGAUAACCAACCUUUAAAUUUGUCACUCAUCAGAAUUAGACGGGAAGCUUACACACCAAAUCAUUCAGGGUAUAACCCACCUUUAAAUUUGUCACUCAUCAGAAUUAGACGGGAAGCUUACACACCAAAUAAUUUAGGGUAUAACCCACCUUUAAAUUUGUCACUCAUCAGAAUUAAACGGGAAGCUUACACACCAAAUAAUUCAGGGUAUAACCCACCUUUAAAUUUGUCACUCAUCAGAAUUAGACGGGAAGCUUACACACCAAAUAAUUUAGGGUAUAACCCACCUUUAAAUUUGUCACUCAUCAGAAUUAGACGGGAAGCUUACACACCAAAUAAUUCAGGGUAUAACCCACCUUUAAAUUUGUCACUCAUCAGAAUUAGACGGGAAGCUUACACACCAAAUCAUUCAUGGUAUAACCCACCGUUAAAUUUGUCACUCAUCAGAAUUAGACGGGAAGCUUACACACCAAAUCAUUCAUGGUAUAACCCACCGUUAAAUUUGUCACUCAUCAGAAUUAGACGGGAAGCUUACACACCAAAUAAUUUAGGGUAUAACCCACCUUUAAAUUUGUCACUCAUCAGAAUUAAACGGGAAGCUUACACACCAAAUAAUUCAGGGUAUAACCCACCUUUAAAUUUGUCACUCAUCAGAAUUAGACGGGAAGCUUACACACCAAAUAAUUUAGGGUAUAACCCACCUUUAAAUUUGUCACUCAUCAGAAUUAGACGGGAAGCUUACACACCAAAUAAUUCAGGGUAUAACCCACCUUUAAAUUUGUCACUCAUCAGAAUUAGACGGGAAGCUUACACACCAAAUCAUUCAUGGUAUAACCCACCGUUAAAUUUGUCACUCAUCAGAAUUAGACGGGAAGCUUACACACCAAAUAGUUCAGGGUAUAACCCACCAUGUUUUUUGUCACUCAUCAGAAUUAAACGGGAAGCUUACACAACAAAUCAUUUAGGGUUUAACCCACCAUGUUAUUUGUCACUCGUCUGAACUCAUGAUUGUUUAUAACAUUACAUGUAUCCCUGUAUCCUUGUGUGUGAUACUUAUAUGUGAAAAGAGGUAUUUUGUAGUUCGUUGUUUGACGCCGCACUCGGCAUUAUUCCAUCUGUAGACGGCGGAGUUUAGGUGCAUGGUGUUUAUAAGUGUUUCACCUGUGCGCGAUUCCACGUGUAUGGUAUGUAUAUGAGACAGAUGCAAAUUUCAAGUGUAAGAUGUUUGCGGGGGUAUGUUUUCACGUGUGUGGUGUCCGACAGGUGCAUGUUUCCAGCUAUAAGAUAGUUGACGGGUUCAUGUUACCACGUGUAAGGUGUUUGGCAGUGCAUGAUUCCACGUGUAAGGUGUUUAACGAGUUCAUGUUUCCACGUGUAAGGUGUUUGGCAGUGCAUGAUUCCACGUGUAAGGUGUUUGACAGGUGCAUGGUUCCACGUGUAACGUGUUUGACAGGUGCAUGUUUCCACGUGUAAGGUGUUUGACAGGUGCAUGUUGCCAAAUGUAAGGUGUUUGGCAGGUGCAUGUUUCCCCGUGUAAGGUGUUUGACGGGUUCAUAUUACCACGUGUAACGUGUUUGACAGGUGCAUGUUUCCACGUGUAAGGUGUUUGGCAGUGCAUGAUUCCACGUGUAAAGUGUUUGACAGGUUCAUGUUUCCACGUGUAAGGUGUUUAACGGGUUCAUGUUUCAACGUGUAAGGUGUUUGGCAGUGCAUGAUUCCACGUGUAAGGUGUUUGACGGGGUAUGUUUUCACGUGUGUGGUGUCCGGCAGGUGCAUGUUUCCAGCUAUAAGAUGUUUGGCAGAUGCAUGGUUCCACGUGUAACGUGUUUGACAGGUGCAUAUUUCCACGUGUAAGGUGUUUGGCAGUGCAUGAUUCCACGUGUAAGGUGUUUGACAGGUGCAUGUUUACACGUGUAAGGUGUUUGACGGGAUCAUGUUACCACGUGUAAGGUGUUUGGCAGUGCAUGAUUCCACGUGUAAGGUGUUUGACGGGAUCAUGUUACCACGUGUAAGGUGUUUGGCAGUGCAUGAGUCCACGUGUAAGGUUUUUAACGGGUUCAUGUUUCCAACGCCGUGAUGUAACUGGAAUAAUGUUAAAAGUGCGUUAAACCGAACUCACUCACUCACUCACUCAUUCAGAUGUGUUUUUCUUUUCUUGUGUAAGGAAGACACCAUAACACUGAAUACUGUCAAGAAAAUAAGGCCCCUGGAAUGUAUAUAUUUUGCAACAUUUGAAUAUUUUGAAAUAAAGAUACCAACGAAAUGUUUGUUAUAAAGUGGUAAAGUCAGACGAAUAUCCGAUAUAUUACGUGCGCUUGAUUUUCCGGUGAUUUUCCAAAUGACUUUUUGACAUUGUAGACGCUGCUUCAAUGGACCUCUUCUAGAGCCUUGGGGAACUUUUAUGGCGUGAACCUUUGCAAUUCCUACCACAUGAAAUUUUGGUGGCAUGUCUAUCAAAGGCCAAGGUCAUCUGAGGUUGUUGUGACACAUGGAGGGGGC